UUUUCCCAAACUUCUCUGAAAGGUGUGGCAGCUUGUGUUCAGUGUAAAACCUCUCUCUUUCCCGACAUCCGAUCUUUUCACAAAGUAUAAAACCUCUCCACAUCUGCAAAAAAUGUCUGUUUGGGAUGACUUGAACCUGCUCUUGGACUCCCCCUCCUCUCUGACCUUGACAUCCAACACGAGAGGAACUGUGAAGGAGAAGGCAGGCUUUAAGGUGGAAGAAGAUGUUGCUGCUCUUAGGAAGGCCAUGGAGGGUCUGGGUACCACAGAGAAGACCCUGAUCGAGGUUCUGACCCAGAGGAACGAUGCUCAGCGUCAGCUUAUUGCCAAGGCCUAUGAAAAAACCACAGGAAGGAAAUUAAUAGCUGAUCUGAAGGGCGACACUCAAGGAGACUUUGAGGACAUGCUUGUUGCCUUGGCAACACCUCUUGCUGCCUAUGACUGUCAUGAAGUCAUGAAGGCCAUGAAGGGUGCAGGAACCACAGAGGGUACCCUGAUAGAAAUAUUUGCUUCGAGAUCCAACAGACAGAUCAAGGCGCUUUCUGACGUGUAUUUGGAAGAAACUAAGAGACAGCUGGUUCUCGACAUGAAGUCGGAGGUGUCUGGAGAUUUUGGCAAAGCUCUGCUCAUCUUGGCUGAGGGAAAGCGAGACGAGAGCACCAACGUGGACGCUGCCAAAGCUAAAGCAGAUGCUAAGGCGUUGUACGAAGCCGGAGAGAAGAAGUGGGGAACCGAUGAGCAGAAGUUUAUCGACAUCCUUUGCCACAGGAGUAUUCCUCAGCUUCGGCAGACUGUUGUAGAGUACAAGAACAUUAGCAAGAAAACUCUGCAGGAAAGUAUCGAGAGUGAGAUGUCUGGAAACCUGGAGAAACUUUUAGUGGCUGUAGUCAAGUGUGUGAUAAACACUCCUGUGUACCUCGCUGAGAGGCUGUACAAGAGCAUGAAGGGUGCAGGAACCACAGAGUCCAUUCUGACAAGGAUUCUUGUCAGUCGAUCUGAGGUCGAUUUGUUGGACAUCAGAGCCGAAUACAAGAAGCUGUAUGGAUGUUCCCUCUACUCCCAGAUAGAGUCCGAAGUGUCCGGUGAUUAUGGACAAGCCUUGAAGAUGCUGUGUGGCCAAGACUGAAGCAGCAGCAGUGAAACGAACCGUGGAGCAGAAGGGAACACCCAGAACCGGCUGCUGCUGAUCUUUACGACAACAUGGUUAAUAUAACGUGAUGGAAAACAUUUAAGAUGUAGAAGUUAUGUUCACAUCUUUUCUAGAUGCUGCAUGUAGGCACAGUUAUUGAACUGAUUAUUUUCUAUUAAAAGUAUGAUUUCAGAACAGAA